GCUGAAUUUUUAGCUUAUCAGUGUGAAAAGCAUGUCUUAGUUAUUUUAACUGACAUGAGUUCAUAUGCUGAAGCUUUAAGAGAAGUUUCUGCUGCUCGUGAAGAAGUACCUGGGCGUCGUGGUUUCCCAGGUUACAUGUACACCGAUUUAGCUACAAUUUAUGAACGGGCUGGGCGUGUAGAAGGAAGAAAUGGUUCUAUCACACAAAUACCUAUUUUAACUAUGCCUAACGAUGAUAUUACACAUCCAAUUCCCGAUUUAACGGGAUACAUUACUGAAGGUCAAAUAUAUGUUGAUCGUCAAUUGCAUAAUCGUCAAAUCUAUCCACCAAUAAAUGUAUUGCCAUCCCUUAGUAGGUUGAUGAAAUCUGCUAUUGGUGAAGGAAUGACUCGCAAAGAUCAUUCUGAUGUGUCAAAUCAGUUGUAUGCUUGUUAUGCAAUUGGUAAGGAUGUACAAGCAAUGAAAGCUGUUGUGGGAGAAGAGGCAUUAACACCAGAUGAUCUUCUAUACCUUGAAUUUUUGACUAAAUUUGAAAAAAAUUUCAUCACCCAAGGAAAUUAUGAAAAUCGUACAGUAUUUGAAUCUUUGGACAUUGGAUGGCAGUUAUUACGUAUUUUCCCUAAGGAAAUGUUAAAAAGAGUUCCAGCAGCUACGUUGGCUGAGUUUUACCCAAGAGAUUCCCGUCCGAAAUAAACUUCUGUAUGAAUAUUUUAACCGUAGAUUAUCAAAAAUCGUCUAUGUUCAUUCUUCAUUGGUUCACCUUGUACAUUCCAUUAUGAAUAAAACAAAAAUAAUUACCGUAUUUUUUUUAAUAUGGUAAAAAAUGUAGAAAUAGUCGUUCAAUUCCCAUUAAAUUAAACUCAUGUAAACAUUUUAAUAAGUAGUAAUAGUAUUUAUUAUUUUAUUAUACAUUUCAAAAUGGGAAUCCAAGUAUAGCAUUAUAUUGAUUGAUAGCAUAAUAAUUUGUAAAAGAAUGUUAAUUUCGUUGAGGUGUUUUACCUUUUUAUUUUCGUUGUUGUGAAAUUAUUAUAUUCUAUUGAUUAAAAUUGGUUUAAAAAAUUA